GAUUUUUAUUAUUAUUAUUAUUAUUAUUAUUUCGUGCAACCAAUAAAUAAGAGCAAAAUACUAUACAAGAUAUAUAUUUUUUUAAAAAAUGCCAAGGUCCUUCCUGGUGAAAAAGGUCAAGCUUGAUGAUUUUUCAUCCUCAGAUCUCGAAAACUCUUACAGCAGACCCAGGACAAAUCUAACCGUUCAGCUACACGAAAAAGGAUAUAUUAGCGACUACAUCACCCCGUCCGUCUACGAUGGAGAAAACGACAGUGCCAUUAAAGUGCCCUCUCCUGAACCCAUCUACGACAGUGUGCACGGCGAUUACGGAGCCCCUGACUCAGACCAGCCAGACAGCCCCCAGUCGGAGAUCACAUCUGGUUACAUCAAUGGAGACAAUGCCGUGAGUGAAGGCUACACAGUGGACGCAUUCUUCAUCACGGAUGGAAGAUCAAGGAGAAAAGUCAUAAACAGCCCUAGGACGGUACAACGCCAUACGUGCAACGAAUGCGGCAAGACCUAUGCCACGUCUUCCAACCUGAGCAGGCACAAACAAACCCACCGGAGCCUAGACAGCAAAAUGGCCAAGAAGUGCCAGACCUGCGGAAAAGUGUAUGUCUCCAUGCCAGCCAUGGCUAUGCACUUGCUGACCCACGACCUGAAGCACAAGUGUGAAAUCUGUGGCAAAGCCUUCAGCAGACCUUGGUUGCUGCAGGGACACAUGAGAUCGCACACUGGAGAAAAGCCGUUCGGUUGUGCUCACUGCGGGAAAGCCUUUGCAGACCGCUCGAAUCUGCGCGCCCACAUGCAGACUCACUCUGCUUUUAAGCAUUUCAAAUGCAAACGCUGCAACAAGACUUUUGCCCUCAAGUCCUACCUGAACAAGCACUACGAGUCCGCCCUGCUUUAAAGGAGCAUUCUCGCCUUUAAGUCCGAUAGAAGCCUAACUUCAUUAUUAAGGGAAAUAACAAUAAUUAUAAUAAUAAUAAUACAAAUAAUAAUAAUAAUAAUAACAAUAAUAACAAUUCAAACAAAACUUUAGAGAAGGAUCUACUACUUCAUUUCCAGAAUAGCACAUUUCUUCUCAAUUUCUCCUUCAAUAAUGGAAUGAAGAAAAAAAUAAACACCUGUGGAUUUCGUCGCAUGUAUUUUAAGAUGACUUUUGUUUUUUUGUUUUUUUUUUUCUUAAUGAAAGGAAAUAAAAAUGUAGAACCUAAAUAUCAUGUCGUUUUGCUGGAAACUCAGUGAAGACUUUAAAAUAUCUCCUCAUUUGUCAAAAAGGUCAAACCUUUUAUGAUUGGAUAAUAUUGUACUGCUGCCAGUGACCACAAAAGUGUUCACCUUUGAGGUAAAUGUAUUAUUAUUAUUAUUAUUUAUUUGUUUAUUUAUUUAUUUAUUGGCGUUUUAUUUAUUUAUUUAUUUAUUUAUUUAUUUAUUUAUUUAUUUAAUGUGCUGUAUAAAUGUAUUGAUUAUGCUAAUGCAAAUGAUUAUUUUUAUGUUUUGAAAUCAGUCCACUUUUAUUUUGCACUUUACUCUUAUUUUGCCAACCCUUCAUUAAUAUGCCAAAGCAUUUGCCACUUUCUGAAUAUUUUUUUAAACCCUUGUUUUGCCACUUUUUUGAGCGUUAUUUGCAUGCAAAAAAAAAAAGAAAAAAUCUAUGCCAAUUUAUGAAGCUUUUGAUUUUUGCCAAAAUCUAGAUAGUAUCUGAGGGCAAUAUUUCUUAUAGGAGUCUCAUAAUGAACUAUAGAGCAAUAAUGACGUAAUGCAUGGUAUUUUUAAAAGAAAUAGUAUAUCAGUUUAAAAAAAAAUCAGGUAUGGUUUAAUCCAGUAUUCGUAUUAGCCGAACAGAAAACCAAUAUCAGGGAAAAUGCCAAUGUAGUGUUCUAGGAUUACUGAUAAAUAGAAAAUUCUUCCUUUCGUCUAUGGUUAUGCACUGCCUGCCUCUAAUUUAAAGUAGUUUUAGGAUGUAGUAGGCUUGUGGUGCUGAAGAAUCAGCUCCAAGCAGUUCAGAGCAUCUACUCAAACCUGCGGAACGUCCACUCAGGCAAACAAAUAAAAAAAAAAAAACAAAACAAACAAAUAUAUAAAUGUUGGCACUUCCAUUCAUUUCACUUGGUGAGAAAAAAAGUAGGAUUAGUGAAUUGCUUCCAUAAAAUCGAGAUCAAAGACUGUUUGUUUGCACUGUAUUCAGACACCAACUCAAGUUGACCGAAUAAGCAAAGCAGCGCCUUGUUUUCAGCCACGUGGAGGUCCCUCAGAUUUGUUCUUUUAAAGCACUUCAUUUUAGACAUUUUCAACUGAACAAGGAUAAGUAGCACAAAAAAUUAAUAAAUAAAAAUUAAAAAAAAAAAACUUAUAGAUUCAGGUAGAAGGAACUUGUAUUAGCUAGACCUCUGUUUUUGUACUUAAAAUGGAAUAACUGUUUAUUGCAAGAAGCCUUGUAAAUAAUCCUUUGAAACCUAACAAGAUUUUUACAACUGUAAAGAAACUAAUAUCGUAAUUUCUCAAGACUUUCUUUUCUUUUCUUUUUUUUUUUUUCUGGGAAUUUUUGAUCCAGUAUUUGAAUGAUGUAAGCACAAUGACACCAGGCAUUUUGUUGCACUUCAUAAUAAAGAAAAAUAAUAAUUAAAAAAAAAAAAAAAA